AUGAAAACAUGUUAUUAUGAACUCUUGGAAGUCAGUGAAUAUGCAAGUGAUUUAGAAUUGAAAAAGGCAUAUAGAAAAAAAGCACUACAAUACCACCCCGAUAAAAAUCGUGAGAACCCUGAAGAAGCAACAGCAAUAUUUUCAGAAAUUAGAGCAGCAUAUGAAGUUUUGUCUGAUCCUCAGGAGAGAGCUUGGUAUGAUUCACAUAAACAACAAAUUCUCAAUGAUACGCCACUAGAAGAUGAAUAUGAAGUGGAUUCAAUAGUAACAGGUGUUACUACAGAUGAAGUUUUGAUGUUCUUCAAUAGUUCCUUAUAUACCAGAAUUGAUGAUUCUCCAGCUGGGAUUUAUCAAAUAAUAAGUAAAAUAUUUAGCCGUUUAUCAAAUGAUGAGGUUAAUAACGGUAAGAGAUUGAGUCUAAAGAACUUCGAUAAAUAUCAGGAUUUUAACUUUGAAAUAGAUUUAAUUAAAAAUGGGUUUGAGAAUACUUGUACUUCAGUUAUUGAUAGAAUAAAAGAAGAUGAAACGUACUAUUUUUUACCUGUGUUUGGUUGCUCCAAUACAGAUUAUGAUUAUUUAAAUGUAUUUUAUAAACGGUGGUCCGGCUUUAAUACACUAAAAUCAUUUAAUUGGAAAGAUGAAUAUAUGUAUUUACCAACUUAUGACAGAAAAACUAAGAGAGAAGUUCAUAAGAGAAAUGAAAAAUCAAGACAAAAGGCAAGAAAUGAAUAUAAUAAAACAGUUCGAAGAUUUGUUGAUUUUGUUAAAAAGCUUGAUCCUAGAAUAAAAAAAUAUAAGAAACAUUUGGAUGAAGAAAGAAAAAGAAAAGAGAAAUUGAAAAAUGAAACCACAAAGGACCGUUCGAAAGACUCUUUAGCUGCUGAAAAGUACGAAGAACAAGAAUGGCAAUCAGCAGAUACUGUUAAUUGGGCAGAUUUAGAAAAACACUAUGACAAUAAUCAAAAAAAGGAUAUCGACUUGAAUCAUUCAGAGCUGCAUGAUAUUGAUCAAUUUAAAGAAAGUUCUACUUUAGCUGGGGAAGAAGAAGUGAUUGUUUAUGAAUGUGACAUCUGUAAUAAAAUCUUUAAAUCACUCAAGCAAUUAGAAAAUCAUUUGAGUACUAGAAUGCAUAAAAAGAACGUUUAUAAAAUUCAAAAACAAAUGAAAAAGGAGAAUAUCGAAUUUGGAUUAGAUAGCUUAUCUGAUUUAGAUGAAUUUAAAUCAGCUGAUGAGGAAGAAUCGUUACUCGAUGAUUAUUCUAGUCCUAGCACACCUAUUAGUAAUAAACAUGAUGAUAGUAAGCAAAAGUUUGAUACCGAUAUAAUAGGUGUAGAUGUCGAUGCAGAGCUUGCUGAGAUUGAAAGACAGCUAGCAGAAAUGGAAAGUGAUGAAGAUAUUGAUGAAAUUUUAGAAAAUCCAUCUAAUACUUCAACAGAUGAAAUAAGUAAAUCUGAUACAACUAAUUCCUACACUAAUUUAGCUACUAAUCUUCGGAAUUUGAAUAUUGAAGUUGAUGAUGUUUAUAAUUCUGAUGAAGAUACUUUACCAAUAUUAGGGAAGAAAGCUAGAAGAAGAGAAGCUAAAAAAAGGCUCUUGAAAAAAGAAAAGUCUACAGAGCCAAGUGUCGAGAAUAAUAUACUUGAUGCAGGUGACAAAAUAAGUGAAUUGUUAGCAUCUCUUAAUGCAUCUACUAGCGACCUCUCUGAUGAUGACUGGUCCACUUCAAAGAAGAAAAAAGCUAAGUCAAAAAAGGAUAAGAAGAACAACAAGAAGAGUUCUUCGGAUCCCGUUUCUCAAAUUCCUAUUCCUUUACUAAACACACAACCUCUGCAUUCAUCAUAUGGUACGGAAGUGUGUGGUACAUGUGGUCAAGGAUUUGAUACUAGAAAUAAGUUGUUCUUACAUGUCAAGAGCUUAGGUCAUGCUGCUCCACCCAGUAAGGUGAGAUCAAACUUAAAAGGGCGCAAAAACAGACGGUGA